AUGGAGGGGUUCCUGUGCACGUCUCCACCGUACAACGUCUGCGGGAACCCGGUUUGCGCUCCCCCGGCUCAGGACGGCCGCUGGGGAAAGAGAGAGGGUCGCUUCAUCACCCCUCAGGGCCUCAACUACCUGGAGUUCUGCAAGGCCAUCAUCUCCCAGGUCAAUCCCAGCUUACCCCCUCCGCUCAAGAAGACAAACACCAAAGAGUGCGGCGUGCAAGUCAACGCCAAAGUGGAUAAGAUCAUCCAGUGCUCGCUGGGUCCCAAAACGCUGUUCUGCCUGGAGGGCGACCGUCAUGCGUCCUCAAAGUCUCCGACGAAAGCGAGCGGGAAGCCGCUGUGCAACACACCGCCGGUGAGCAACCUGCGCUUCCUGCGGCCCGUGUCCAUCUACUCUCCGGUGUUCGACCGCAGGAUCCACCUGAAGAAACUGUGCGACGACGGCGGGAGCGAAGGAGAAGCUGAGGCCGCCGACCAGGCCGAGUCUGACAAGGAUGCUGAGGCGGAUCACAGUGGCGAGGACGCACUGGGGGACUUCAACACGAGUUUCCACCGGUCCUCAAAGGGGUCCAACUUUCAGUUCCUGGAGCAGAGGUAUGGCUUUUUCCACUGCAAAAAGUGCAACAUCCGGUGGGAGAGUGCUUAUGUGUGGUGCAUCUCUGGAACCAGUAAGGUGUACUACAAGCAGCUCUGCCGGAAGUGUCAGGUGGGGUUUAACCCCUACAGAGUGGAGUCCAUCCUCUGCAAGGGUUGCUCUCAGACUUGCUGCAGCUGUGAGAAGAAGCAAAGGCACAUUAACAUGAAGAGACCUCAUCGCCAGGACCUGUGUUGUCGCUGCAAGGGUAUGAGGCUGUCCUGUGAUGCCACCUACAGCUUCAAAUACAUAGUGUGAGCUGCCCCCGACAUGUUCGCUCCGCCCGGA